AUGGAGACCAGGGAGUACAAAUCCCCACUGCAGAACCUCGUGGAAGAGGCCGUUUUGAGCAGCUCCAGAGGACACGAAUCCAAUGGGAAGGAAAAGCCCCAGAGAUCCUGCAGGAGGAGGGGCUCCAAACCCAUUCCAGGGUACUCUGAGGAGGAAAGACCCACCCUGUGCCAGGAAGGUGGACAGAGCUUCAGCCAGGGCUCUGAGCUGUUGGGCCAUGAGCAGCAUCAUGACAGGGAGAAGCCCUACAGGUGCUUGGAGUGUGGGAAGAGCUUCAGGUGGAACUCCUUCCUGAUCAAACACCAGCGGAUUCACACAGAGGAGAGGCCCUUCCGCUGCCCUGACUGCGGGAAAGGCUUCAAGUGCAACUGCACCCUCAUCACCCAUCAGCGCAUCCACACUGGGGAGACGCCCUAUGAGUGUCCCAAGUGCCAGAAGAGGUUUCAGACCAGCUCCAAUCUCCUCAAGCACCAGCGGAUUCACAGAGAGGAGAGGCCCUUUCGCUGCCCCGACUGCAGGAAGGGCUUCAAGCAAAACUCCACCCUCAUCACCCACUGGCACAUCCACACUGGGGAGAGGCCCUAUGAGUGUGGGGAAUGUGGGAUGAGCUUCAGACAGAGCUCCAACCUGAUCCGCCACCAGAGGAUCCACACCAGGGAAUGGCCCUACGAUUGUGAGCAAUGUGGGAAGAGCUUCAGGCAGUGCUCCCACUUGAUCUGCCACCAGAACAUCCACACUGAGGAGAGGCCAUACAAGUGUGGGGAAUGUGGGAAGGGCUUCAACCGGAGGUCCCAGCUGAUCGUCCACCAGAUGAUCCACACUGGGGAGAGGCCCUAUGAGUGUUCUGAGUGUGGGAAGAGGUUUCAGACUAGCUCAGAUCUCCUCGUGCACCAGCGGAUUCACAGAGAGGAGAGGCCCUUCCGCUGCCCUGACUGCAGGAAGGGCUUCAAGCAAAACUCCCACCUCAUCACCCACCAGCGCAUCCACACUGGGGAGAGGCCCUACGAGUGUCCCCAGUGUGGGAAGAGCUGCUCAGACAGCUCUCACUUGACCAAACACCAACGGAGGCACUGGUAA